CGGCUGCAGCGCGCCGCUCCGCGCGGUCAUGGUGGCCCCGAUGUACGGCAGCCCGGGCGGCCGCCUGGCCCGGGCGCUGACGCGGGCGCUGGCGCUGGCCCUGGUGCUGGCCCUGCUGGUCGGGCUGUUCCUGAGCGGCCUGGCGGGCGCGAUCCCGGCCCCGGGGGGCGGCCGGGCGUGGGACGGGCAGGUCCCGCCCGGCUCCCGCAGCCGCUCGGUGCUCCUGGACGCCGCGACCGGCCAGCUGCGCCUGGUGGACGGCCGCCACCCCGACGCCGUGGCCUGGGCCAACCUCACCAACGCCAUCCACGAGACCGGGUGGGCCUUUCUGGAGCUGGGCACGAGUGGCAGCUACAAUGACAGCCUGCAGGCCUACGCAGCCGGCGUGGUGGAAGCCGCUGUGUCCCAGGAGCUCAUCUACAUGCACUGGAUGAACACAGUGGUCAACUACUGCGGCCCCUUCGAGUACGAGGUCGGCUACUGCGAGCGGCUCAAGAGCUUCCUGGAGGCCAACCUGGAGUGGGUGCGGGAGGAGAUGGCGCUGAACGCGGACUCCGCCUACUGGCACCAGGUGCGGCUGACCCUCCUGCAGCUGAAAGGCCUGGAGGACAGCUACGAAGGCCGUGUGACCUUCCCGACUGGGAAUUUUACCAUCAAGCCCUUGGGCUUCCUCCUGCUGCAGAUCUCUGGGGACCUGGAAGACCUGGAGCCCGCCCUGAAUAAGACCAAGACCAAAGCUUCCCUGGGCUCCGGCUCCUGCUCCGCCCUCAUCAAGCUGCUGCCCGGCCAGAGCGACCUCCUCGUCGCCCACAACACCUGGAACAACUACCAGCACAUGCUGCGUGUCAUCAAGAAGUACUGGUUCCAGUUCCGGAAAGGCCCCCGGGAGGACGACCCCCUGGUUCCCGGCAACAAGGUGGUCUUCUCUUCCUACCCCGGCACCAUCUUCUCCUGCGAUGACUUCUACAUCCUGGGCAGCGGGCUGGUCACUCUGGAGACCACCAUUGGCAACAAGAACCCGCUGCUGUGGAAGUACGUGCAGCCCAGGGAGUGUGUGCUGGAGUGGGUGCGCAACGUGGUAGCCAACCGCCUGGCCCUGGACGGGGACUCCUGGACAGACGUCUUCAAGAGGUUCAACAGUGGCACGUACAACAACCAGUGGAUGAUUGUGGACUACAAGGCGUUUGUCCCCGGCGGGCCCAGCCCGGGGAGCAAGGUGCUCACCGUCCUGGAGCAGAUCCCGGGCAUGGUGAUGGUGGCGGACAAGACCUCGGAGCUCUACCAGAAGACCUACUGGGCCAGCUACAACAUACCGUCCUUUGAGACUGUGUUCAACGCCAGUGGACUGCAGGACCUGGUGGCCAAGUACGGGGACUGGUUUUCUUAUGACGGGAGCCCCCGGGCCCAGAUCUUCCGGCGGAACCAGUCGCUGGUGCAAGACAUAGACUCCAUGAUCCGGCUGAUGAGGUACAACGACUUCCUCCACGACCCCCUGUCACUGUGCCGUGCCUGCGACCCCCAGCCCAACGGGGAGAACGCCGUCUCCGCCCGCUCCGACCUCAACCUGGCCAACGGCUCCUACCCCUUCCCAGCCCUGCGCCAGCGCUCCCACGGGGGCAUCGACAUGAAGGUGACCAGCGUGUCGCUGGCCAAGGCCCUGAGCCUCCUGGCGGUCAGCGGCCCCACGUGGGACCAGGUGCCCCCGUUCCAGUGGAGCAGCUCGCCCUUCAGCGGCCUGCUGCACAUGGGCCAGCCCGACCUCUGGAAGUUCUCGCCCGUCCGGGUCUGGUGGGAAUGAGGCCCUGCCGCCCCCGCAGGGCCCCACCUGCUGCCAGCCCGACCUCUGCCCCUCCCCCGAGAGGGGGGCUUGGCCCCUGCUGCGCACUGAGCUGGGACAGGGUCUGCCUCUGGGUCAUCUCCCCCAGGGCGGCUUCCAGCUGGCUCUCCCCGUCCCCCGAGUGCCCCCUCUGCCUCCCUGCAUCUCUCUCUGUCUCUCUGUCUCCUGCCCCUCCACCCCACCUCUGGGGCCCCAUCCUCAUCCUCCCAAGGGCUUGGGAGGGGUCCUGGCACCAGGCUCUGGGGCCCCCACGGGUAGGAGGGACCACUGCAGCGUCCCCCCUUCCGGCCUGGUUCCUGCUGGGGCGCUGGCGCUGGUGAGGUUUCAGCCCCGGCCCUGGGCAUCGUCUCUGGUCGGCGUCACUCCUCCCAGCCCCCGGCGCAGCCCCUGUGCUCCCCUGGGAAGCAGCCCCUCGUCUCCCUUUCUGGGCAGCUUCCUCGAGGACAGAAACUUGAAAACAAACCAAAACCAAAGUUUCUGGCCACGUGUGGCUGGAGGGUCCUGAGUGUCCUUCUCUCUCCAGCAGGCAGGUCUGUCAGCCCAGCACUCCCGCCUCGCGCCCCCGCCCCGCCCGGCC